AUGUUACAAAGAAAUUAUGCAAACGAGCAGCAGAACCAAGAACGACGGAGGAGUAAAAGGCAAAUUGAGAGGCAACAGCAGCGGAGAAAAACGAUGGGGGCACGUCGAGGCAAGAGUGAUAAUGAGGCGACAAUAGAAAACAUGCAUCCUAACGAACGAGUGAAUCGCGAACAAAGGGGAGACAUAGAGCAGAUCCCAAGUGAAAGCAAUAGUAAACGAAUUACACGGCAAUGGAAACCGAAAAUGAAGCGAGCAAGGAGUGAGAAGCGACAAAUGAUAGACAACCGAAAUGCGGAGACCGAAAGCGCAAUGAAGCGCAGACCGUUAAGCGAAGCUAACGGAUACAAAUUAAAUGCGAACGUCAAUACAGUUAAUAUAGUUGUAGACGCGAUGAAAACAACGAACAUAAGCGAAAAUAUUAGUGAAGGAAGAAUGACGCGUAGCGAGAAACGGAAGCAGCAACGGAUAGCAGAAAUGCGAGAGGUAGAAGCUCAGCGAAAAAUUCGUAACAGAUCCGAGAUGCAAGCGGACGUGAUGACAAUGGAGCAAAAACGCGAAAACAUCGUGGUGACGGAUCAAACGAAGCGAGCGGUUGCAGAAACAACUAAAGCGAGCGAAACCCCGAAGAAAGUGUCAAGGAUGUAUUCAUUGAGUGAUAGUAAGAAACGUCAAUGCAAUGUACCGAGCGAGAAACCAAAAGACGGUGAGUGGUGCGAACCGAGCAAUAAGGAGAAGGACGCGAUAAGGAGUAAGAAUGAAAAAGGUACCAGCUUAGUGAAGCGCCAAUCAGAUGCGAAACCCUGCGAUCACGUGACAAUAUUCAAACAACGAGAUAGGUCAAGGACGAAUACGGAACGAAAGGCGGAGACUCCGAGCGAAUUAACCGAGAGUAAACAGAGACAAGCGGUUAAUAUAGAAAAAGAGACAGCGAAGACGACGGAAAAGUACGAAUCGACAAAAAGCGUGGAAUCCAGCGAAGACACGAAAAACGCGAGACGCGGGGAGACCGAGCAGAGGGGAGCAGCCCGUAGAGAAGGGAAUACAGCGCAACAGUCCCAAUUACUUGCGAUCAGGCAACCACAGCAGCAACGUACAGUGCCAGAGGUAAUAGUGACAGUAGAAGAACAAAAAACGUGUAAGAUGGAGACGCGUGAUGAUGAUAAUCGUGAGGAGCGCGAGUGGCAGACCAAACAAUUACGGAAAAAAUUGGCGGAACGCGAACGUGCGGUGGCGGCACGUAUGCACGCGUACGCGAAUCGAGCCGACGCGUAUAGUGAAAGAUGGCGUAAAGUGCAGCAGGAUGAAGAGCGAAUGGACGAGCUCGAAAAACGCGAGUUUCCGGAAAUUGAACAAUCGCGUGAAACACGGGAAUCCGUGACGCAGUUCCCUACGGGGCCAUUUGCGGAAGACACGUACGAAAUUACGUACGAGUAUCGUGGCGGUCAAGUGAGACGUACGGCGGUCGAAUUAAAAUCGGGAAACGUGUGUCAGAGUACAACGCAGGCGGCUGCGAUUGAGGACAUUCCGCGAUGGGCGAGUGCGUCCACGUUGCGAAACGAGUGUGAGGAGGAGAUGCAGGAGCGAGAACAAGUGUCGGACAGAGCGUCUGAAAUAACAUUAAUAGAUUUGCGAUCAGACGACGACGACGAGGCGUUACAGCAAACCAUCAAUAUGGACAAGGACGUAAUGUGUAGUGCCGAUACACGAGAACUAAGUGACAGUGAGCAAAGAGAACGCGAAAUCGUGCAACGGGACAAUCGUGAGAAUAUAAGCACGGCGAACGAGUUGCAGAGAGAGGUGACAGAGACACAACCAUCUGUGCUUGCGGGAGAGACUCAAAUAGCCGCGUGUGAAUAUGAGUGUGUAACACCAACGGAGGAAAUAAAUGUAACAGAGACAUCAAAUGUAAUGAUCAAUUCGAUCAGAGCAUCACAGGAGAACGGUAGCGAGGACGAGCGAUCAACCGAACUCCGUUCAUCAAUUCUACCGGAAAUAUCUAUGGCUCAGAUCGAGCGGAUGCCCGAAUUGGAGGCAUUACUGAAUUUGGCGCAGGACGUAGCAAACGAGGAGGCAGUGGCGACAGCCGAGGAAACACUGGCUGGUCCAAAUGAGCGAGAGCGAAUAAUGAGUAGCGAAAGCGAGGGCGAAAAAUCGUCAGAGCUGCGUGAAGUUAAAAAUCGCAGCCGAAAGAAGUCAAACAAACGGCGAAAAUCAACAGAAGCUAAAGCGAGCCAGGAGGAGGAGAAUACGCGGGCACCGAAGUGGACAUCGAGGGGCAGAUUUGCCUCCGAACGGAAGCGCACCAGGAAGGUCGCCAAGGCAGUUAAGAAGGCGUCAGAGGGCGAGCAGGCGACAACCAACGCUGAGAUGGCGACGCGAGAAAACGUCGAUGAGCAGCGGAAGGUCGCAGGUACUAGUAAGCAGUAG